UUUCACAGUGACCCAGUGCUUGCGGUCAAUGCGUGCUAUGAGGGGGAUGUGGUCAUCGUAUGCCCUGGCCUUUACAGCAUCACCAGCUCUAUCAGUAUUGUUGACUCCAUAGAGGUUGAAGGAUACGGUUUGCCGGACGAGGUGGUGAUCGAGAAGCGUAACAAGGGCGAUGCAUUUGUGGAGUCAACAGGAGCAAACGUCAAACUCUCGAAUCUAAAGUUCAUACAGCGCGACGCCAUUGAAGGCAUCUUGUGUGUUCGCCAGGGGAAGCUGGAAAUGGAAAAUUGUGUGAUGCAGUGUGAGACCACAGGUGUGAUUGUGCGAUCGGCGGCCCAGCUCUGCAUGAACAUGUGCGACCUGUACGGCUCCAAGGGUGCCGGUGUGGAGAUCUACCCUGCGAGUGUAUGCAGUCUGUUGGGCAACGGCAUCCAUCACUGCAAGGAGGGGAUCCUGAUUAAGGAUUUUGCAAACGAGUUGGACGCCAUGCCUAAAAUCACCAUGGUGAAUAACAUGAUCCACAACAAUCAGGGCUACGGCGUUAUCUUGGUCAAGCCAGGUGACGCUGCUGUGGAGGAUCUGCCCGCAGAGCCCAUUGCCGCAGAUGAGAAAGAGAAAGAAUUUGAGGACACAGUAGUACAAUCAGAGGCAGAUAUAGAUGAUGAUGAUGUGCCUGCCAUUGUCGUGGAGGAAGAGUGCCCAGCCAUCCAACAUGGCCACUCUGUCCCUCCAGACUUCACUGAGGGAAAUGAUGCCAUCAAGCAAGAGUUGGUUGCCACAUCGGCCAAGAAACAUGGGCUUCGGAAGAGCCGUAUGAAAGCACUGGGGGCCAUGCAGGCUGAUGAGAAUCUACUCUCACAGGAAAUGUUCAUUUCCAUUCAUGGAAAUCAAUUCAAGCACAAUGGAAAGGGAAGCUUUGGUACCUUCCUGUACUGAAGGCUUCUCUACGGCAAGCAUGCACAGACACACUUUACUGUUUAAUUAUUUAUUCUGUAUUUCUUCAAUUUUGCUGCAAGUUUACUUUGUGAGCUUUCAUUAAUUACUGUGCGAAAAUGAAUUAAAUGUGCUAAAAUGUGUAGGCUUUUAAACUUUCUAUUUUUAUCUUGUGCCUUUUUGAAUUGAGUUUUUGUUUAUCAGGAAGUUUUCAAACGAUGAAACACUUGUGCAUAUAAUAACACAAAAGAGCAGCACCUUGGAAUUUUUUUGUUCAUACCAUGUCAUGUUUAAGAACAAAUCUGUUCAAAGACAUUAUUUUAUUUUAUUUUUUUUAAGAGUUCCCACAGUUCACAUUUUGUCCACAUUCUAGUUAAAUGGUUACUAUAGUCACUAAUAAGCACUAAAAAGCAUUUAGUCACUAAAAAAAGCAAAGCACAAAAGCAGUAAUUUUUCCCUUAAUUGUCUCUUUAUAUUUUGUAGAAAUAAAGAUGUUUUGUUCCAAAUGGCACAAAUCUGCUUUAUGUUGUUUACUUUAUAAAUAAAAAAGCAUGGAAGAGUAAGAGAGUUACUGAUUUU